CUCACACAGUCAACCAAUCAGAUUGGCUGGCUAGGAGUCGGCAGAAGUCUGAAAGGGGAUGCACUCUAAAUAAAGUAGAAUAUUUUUUUGUUUGUGUUCUUUUUUGUGUGUGGCACGCAAAGCAUGGUUUAUGUUUCUUUUCACUUCGUGUGAUCAAAUUUCAAUCCUAAAACGCAAAUGAUUGGUUUCGGACUGAUUUGGAAAAAGUUGUUUCUCUACGCAUGUUUCGUUCUGGUCGGGAAUAUUCACAACGCUUCGGGGGACCAACUGCCAUGCAAUCCUAAAUAUCCUUAUCGGACCUACGAUGGGAGCUGCAACAACUUAGAGCAGCCCAGCUAUGGCGUGGCCGGGUCAAUGUUCAGGAGAAUUCUGCCUCCUAAAUAUGAGAACGAUGAUGGACAAACGCCUCGGCUGACUGGAGUGGGCGGGUCACCGUUGCCCAGUCCAAGAGCAGUCAGCACCAAGGUGCACGAGAGCGAGAAGCAUAGCGCCCAUCAGGCCACCAUGAUGUUCAUGCAGUGGGCGCAGUUUGUGGACCACGAUUUGACCUACACACCCAAGACGCCGAUGGUCAAGUGCUGCAGCAAAAAUCUGCUGUGGAGUGGACAUCACCAUCCAGACGUGAUGCACGGAGGUCCGUGUUUCCCCAUCUUUGUGGACGAGCACGACCCAUACUUUAGAGACGACACAACUAGAUGUCUAGAGUUCAGAAGGUCGCAGCCUCGUUAUGAUUCUCACAAAGUUCGACAACAAAUAAACGAGGUGACAUCUUGGUUGGACGCUUCUCACAUCUAUGGGAACUCGGAGUCGCAGGCUCUGUCUUUGCGCUCCUUCAAGGACGGCAAACUCAAGGUGAAGGUCAUCCACGGCCACGAGUUCUUGCCGGAAGCAGACGACACCGAGGAGAAGAAAUGCUUCUUGAUGGAAAAGGGCGACUACUGCUUCAAGGCGGGAGACAUCAGAGUCAACGAGUACCCAGGAUUAACUGCCUUGCAGACGAUCUUCAUGAGAUACCAUAACCAGAUCUGCGACCGGCUCAGGCAUAUUCACCACGAGUGGGAAGACGAGAUCUUGUAUCAGGAGGCGCGCCGGGUGGUCAUAGCUGUCAUUCAGAGAAUCACAUAUGACAAGUUCAUCUCCCAACUGCUCGGCCCUCUAGCGGCCAAACACGAUCUUCUGCCAGGAGCGCACCACUACGACGAAAAGAUUGACCCAACUCCAGCUAACGUCUUCGCCACUGCGGCCUUCCGCUUCGGCCACUCCUUGAUCAAGGACAGCUUAACCAUCGACGGGGAACUAGUGAAGACAGGCGAGUUCUUCAUGAGACCCAAGUUCGUGAUCAACUCACUUCCGGGUGUCGUUAAGGCCUUGAUCAGCGAGCUCUGCCAGGAGACGGACAUCUAUUACACCAAAGCCAUGACCGAGCAUAUGUUUGAAGUGCCUUACAAACCUAAGACUGGCCAUGACAUUGUCUCCACUAACAUACAGAGGGGCCGAGACCAUGGCAUUCCUCCUUACAACGACUGGCGCGAAUAUUUCGGUCUCAAGAGGAAAACCUUCAAGACAAUGGACUCUGGAUCCAAAAAAUACAGCCAAGUGUACGACUCAGCAGACGACAUUGACUUGUACAGCGGCGCCAUAAGUGAGCAUAAUAUCGAAGGUGGAAUGGUAGGAGAAGUUUACUCCAAAAUAUUGGUCCAACACUUCCGACACGUGAAAUUCGCGGACAGAUUCUGGUAUGAGAACCGUGGAGGGAAAGCGUCAUUCACGAAAAAACAAAUACGCGAAAUUCAUAAAAUGUCGCUGUCCAAAGUGAUCUGUGACACUGUGCCAGGUUUUAAGAGAAUUCAACCAAAUGUAUUCGAGCCAGUUGGCCACGAUAACAGUAUGAUAGAAUGUUCCAUAUAUGAUGACAUCAAUUUUGAAAAAUUCUGGGCUUAGGUGAACUCAUUAAAAGCUUUUCGAACAGAAACAAU